ACCCAAAUCACAUGAGACGGAUGAUGCUGUAAUUUGUAUCACGAUCUUUUUACCCCUCCCUCCGCCCCCGACGAUCCAAAUUGUUUACUUCAUAAUCAAUCCUUCUUGCCGUUGUGUUUCGUUACACUGCGAAAAGACGACGAUAACGCGACGAUAACGGUCGUGAAACCAGUGACGUAACCUCCGCAAGUUCCGCAAGUCGACGUACAAUACUCCACUUCCCCUUUUCAAAUCCGGCAAUUUGUUUUGUUCAACUUCGUCGUCAUCAGCCUCACUCACGACUUUGAUCCCAUCAUUCUAGCAACUCAAGCUUGUCAUACUUCGUUUCAAACAAAAAUGGCACCCCAACUCACCCGCACCCAAAUCCUAGAGAAGCUCCGCGGCCAAAUCGCCGAAGGCAAGACCAUCGUCGGCGCCGGCGCCGGCAUCGGUCUCUCAGCCAAAUUCGUCGAAGCCGGCGGAGGUGACCUCAUCAUCAUCUACAACUCCGGCCGCUUCCGCAUGGCCGGCCGGGGCUCGCUAGCCGGACUCAUGCCUUAUGGCAACGCCAAUGACAUUGUUGUUGACAUGGCCAAAGAAGUCCUCCCCGUCGUCAAACACACCCCCGUCCUCGCCGGCGUCUGCGGCACCGACCCCUACGUCUCCAUGCCGCGCUUCCUCUCCCAGCUGCGCGAUCUCGGCUUCGCGGGGGUCCAAAACUUCCCGACCGUCGGGCUCAUCGACGGCACCUUCCGCGCCGCUUUGGAAGAGACGGGCAUGGGCUACGACCUCGAGGUCGAAAUGAUCGCGCUGGCGCGGUCCAUGGACUUGCUUACCACGCCCUACGUCUUCAACGUGGACGAGGCGCAAAAAAUGGCGAGCGCGGGCGCGGAUAUCCUGGUGGGGCAUAUGGGGUUGACGACCGGCGGGUCGAUUGGCAAGCUCGAGGGGGAGAAGAGUAAAGGGGGGACGAAGAGUUUGGAUGAGUGUGUGAAGCUGAUUCAGGAGAUUAGGGAUGCGGCGAGGGAGAUUAAUGAGGAGGUGAUUGUGUUGUGUCAUGGUGGGCCGAUUGCGAAGCCGGAGGAUGCGGAGUAUGUGUUGAGCAGGACGGAGGGGGUGCAUGGGUUUUAUGGCGCGAGUUCGAUGGAGAGGUUGCCGGUUGAGGAGGCGAUUACGAAUAUUACGAGGAGUUUUAAGGCUUUGAAGCCGACGGGAAAGUAGGUAGGUUGUAACUUUGGAUGUAUGAAUCUAGCAGGAUAAUUGAAGACAGUGUCUAAACAUGAUG